GAAUGAAAGAAAACAAAACCUAAAACCCUAAAAUUGAGAAAUUAUUCAAUCUGCCGUCGCCCCUUUCUCUUGGUUUUCCGGCUAUAAACCUCCACCAUUCGACACCACAGCUAGAGACUCCACUUGUCACCGGCGCAAACCCGAAACCUCAAUAACCCAGUCGUCACACCGUACCCUUCUUUUCGUAGUGUUUGACAAUUGUUAGUAUUAUUAUUUUGAUAUUCGAGGAAUUUAUUUAAUUGCUAGUGUCCCGGUAAUUUGAGUGAGAUGUCAAAUCGGCCUGAAUUGCUAGCACCACCUGAGAUAUUCUAUGAUGAUUCUGAAGCUCGUAAAUACACUUCUUCUUCUCGUAUUAUUGAAAUUCAGGCAAAGCUAUCAGAGAGAGCAGUAGAGCUUCUUGCUUUACCAGAAGAUGGAGUCCCUAGAUUACUCCUCGACAUUGGUUGUGGAUCAGGACUUAGUGGAGAGACACUGACAGAAAAUGGGCACCAAUGGAUUGGCUUAGACAUUUCACGAUCAAUGCUUGACAUUGCACUGGAGCGAGAGGUUGAAGGGGAUCUUUUACUUGGUGAUAUGGGCCAGGGGUUGGCUCUUCGUCCUGGAGUUAUUGAUGGCGCCAUCAGUAUCUCUGCUGUUCAGUGGUUAUGCAAUGCGGACAAGUCCUCUCAUGAACCGAAACUAAGAUUGAAGGCUUUCUUUGGAUCAUUAUAUAGAUGUCUUGGUAGGGGAGCAAGAGCAGUGUUUCAAGUGUAUCCUGAAAACCUAGCCCAGCGCGAGUUGAUUUUGAGAUCUGCAAUGCAUUCUGGAUUUUCUGGCGGUGUUGUUGUUGACUAUCCACACAGUACCAAGAGCAGGAAAGAAUACCUGGUCCUCACUUGUGGACCACCAUCCAUAAACACAGCCAUUCCUGAGGGGAAAGGAGAAGAUGGAGAAAGUUGCUCUGAUGAAGAAAAUAGUGAAGAUGGAGAAAAUCAGACAGUUCGCUUUUCAGACAGGCACAGGCCUAGGAAAAAACAAAAGUUUUCCAAGAAAGGGAAGGGCAGAGACUGGGUACUGAGGAAAAAGGAGCAAAUGAGAAGUAAAGGAAAUAUUGUGCCUCCCGACACAAAAUACACUGCCCGAAAGCGGAAGGCUCGGUUUUGAUAUCUUAUUAUCUAGACUUUGCAUGAUGUUCCAAAGUGUAUACAUAAAUAUGUAUUGCUUUUUAAGCUGUUGCUUGGUCGAAUCCAUAGUAGAGGUGACUGAAUUAAGGUGGAUAGUAGUCUCAUGGAGCAUUUUACUUAGUUGCAUAAGCAUGAAGGUUUUGUGGUUGCCAUUGUUUAUUUUAGAUGCUGUAUGCUUUUGGAGGAUAUCAGGAAGGUGGAAUGGCCUGCAAGUUUUGUUGCUCUUAAUGUUUUGUUUGUAUGUGAUUUUGUUAAUCUCUAUAGCAAGAAGCUUCCCCUCUCUGCAUUGCUAACUUCA